AUGAGCAUGAGCACACCUCUGGAAUCUGCAACUCUGUCUAGUGGUAAUACUUUUGGAAGUGAAACUGAUCGCCUGGCGCUGCUGGACUUGAAGAAAAGAAUCACUCGAGAUCCUUUCCAUGUCUUGGGCUCAUGGAAUGAUUCCAUUCAUUUCUGCAAUUGGGUUGGCGUUACGUGCAACCCUUCCACCAAAAGAGUGUUGAUUUUGAAGCUGAAUUCUCAUAAAUUGGUAGGCUCCUUACCACCUUCUAUUGGAAAUCUUACUCAUCUUACUGGAAUCAACCUAAGAAACAACAGCUUCCAUGGUGAAAUUCCUCAAGAAAUGGGUCGUCUACAAAGCCUGCAAGCUCUCAACCUGUCUCAAAAUUCCUUGGGCGGGAAAAUUCCAACUAAUAUAUCUCACUGUACACAACUACGUGUGCUGAAUCUUUAUUCCAAUCAUAUUAUUGGGUCCAUUCCUAACCAACUUAGUUCAUUGUUGAAUUUAAAUAUUCUAUGGAUUGAUAUUAACAGCCUCACUGGAGCAAUCCCGGCCUGGAUUGGAAACUUUUCUUCUUUGCAUGAACUUUUUCUUUCCCGGAACAAUUUUCAAGGAAGCAUACCCAAUGAGCUCGGGCGUCUGACCAGCUUGGAGGUGUUCUCGCUAGCAGCGAAUAAUCUGUAUGGUAUUAUUCCUUCUUCAAUCUAUAAUAUUUCUUCCAUAAAGAAUUUUAGUGUUGCUGUCAACCAGCUUCAUGGAGAGCUACCACAAAAUCUCAGCAUUAAUCUUCCUAAUCUCGAAACUUUUCACUGUGGUGUCAACAAAUUCACAGGAACUGUUCCCGCAUCGUUGUUAAAUUCUUCUAGAAUUCAGAUCCUUGAUUUUCCUUAUAAUGGUUUCACUGGGACACUCCCUGCUGAAAAUCUUGGAAGCUUGCGAAGCUUAGUUAGCCUAAACUUUGGUGAGAAUAGUUUGGGAAACAGGAAAACUGACGAUUUGAAUUUCCUCAGUUUCUUGGCUAAUUGUACUAGCCUAGAGAUGUUGGAUCUUUCUACUAAUCAAUUUGGAGGAGAAUUUCCACGAUCCAUAGCCAACCUUUCUACCCAACUAAAAUAUCUUUAUUUCGGGGCCAAUUUAAUCCAUGGAAGCAUUCCUGACGACAUUGGAAAAUUUGUAAACUUAACCGUAUUAGGACUGGACUUUAACCGUCUAACUGGUACAGUCCCAGAUGGAAUUGGGAAGCUUCAAAAGUUAGUGGGGCUGUAUUUGAAUGAUAACAAAUUUUCUGGACCAAUAGCGUCCUCACUGGGUAACUUGACUUCAUUGACACAACUGUACAUGUUCAACAAUAGGUUUGAGGGAAUGGGUGAUUUGGUAAAACUUGUGGAGCUGGAUGUAUCAGGAAAUAAGUUAUCAGGUGAAAUUCCAACAACUCUUGGCAGUUGUAUUAUGUUGGCGCGCCUGUAUUUGGAAG